GCUGGACACCAACUAUACCCCCGGUUCUUCCUUCCGUGCAUUUGAUUGGAGCAGAAGGAGGAAGACCUGCCGGUCGGUUUUCACCCAAUUGGUUGUGUGGUUUGGGUACGUCCCGCCUAGCGCGCUGCGAUUGGUGGCGUCCUGCGUGGCCGGCUCCUGAGAGGCUGAGGCGACGACUUGAGCACCGCCCCCUUUGGCUGGGGUCUCGCAAUCUCUGCCUCCGAGCUCUCAUUCGGACAGCUGCUACCGCAGCGAACACAGCGGAGCCUGCGGGAUGGCGUCGGGCGAGGGCGGGGCCGCGUCGCUGCCCCCGCCCUCUCCCUCCUUGCACGGUCCCCUCCCUGGCCCGGAGCGCGCCUUGGAAGAAGCGGCGGCUUCGGGCAGCCUAAGCCUGGCUGGACGGCGCCUGAGGCACUUCCCCGGAGGAGCAGCCCGGCGCUGGGACCUCAGCGAUACCACGCAAGCGGACCUUUCCCGGAACCGUUUCACGGAGGUGCCUGAAGAUGCUUGCUGCUUGAUGUCCCUGGAAGGGCUGAGCUUGUACCACAACUGUUUGCGCAGCAUCCCUUCAGCCAUCGCCAACCUCCAAGCCCUCACCUACCUGAACGUCAGCCGGAACCAGCUGACUUCCCUGCCCCCAUGCCUCUGCCUCCUGCCCCUCAAAGUCCUCGUUGCCAGCAAUAACAAGUUGGCAUCCCUGCCUGACGACAUCGGCUCCCUCCGCAGCCUUCGCCAACUGGAUGUCAGCAGCAAUGACCUGCAGUCCCUCCCGGCAAGCAUGGGUGGCCUGGAGUCUCUUCGGGACCUCAACAUUCGGAGGAACCAAAUUGCCAUCCUGCCCGAGGAGCUGGCAGAGCUGCCCCUGGUGCGGCUGGACUUCUCCUGCAAUCGUGUUGUCCGCAUUCCCGCCUGCUACCGUCACUUGCGGCACCUGCAGUCCAUCCUCCUUGAGAACAACCCCUUGCAGUUCCCUCCUGCGCAGAUCUGCUUGAAAGGCAAAAUCCACAUCUUCAAAUACCUCAACAUUGAGGCCUGUAGCAAGGCCAGGUCGGACCUGGCAGAGUUUGCUCGAGGAAUCCGCCCGGCCGGCUUUGGAACGUGCCUCCCAGACGACUUCUACCCUGUGCGGCACUAUGGUGGCCUCGACUCAGGCUUCAACAGCGUUGACAGCGGAAGCAAACGGUGGUCAGGGAACGAGUCCACAGAUGAGUUCUCGGACCUCUCCUUCCGCAUUGCUGAGCUGGCCCGGGACCCCAAGCAGCUGAGGGAGAAGCGCAAUGGAGCAGCUGAUGCUGCUGAUCUGGAACAGAUCGACUAUAUUGACAGCAGCGUCAAUGGGGAGGAAGAGGAAGAGGCGGCAGCAGCAACCCCACCAGGGGUGCCAGGGGCCAAGCCAGAGAGCAGCUCCCAGGGGACGGCAUCCACUGAGGAGUUCCAGAAGGCCAGGAAGAGCUGUUCUUUUCAAAAAUCUGGUGCUGCAGAGCAAGGCCCAACUGGCAGGGCCACCCUGCCAAGACCAGAGCCGUUUGGCGAGGAGCGCCGUCGCCCAGAUCUCUUGCAGCUGUGGCAGGAGAGGGAGCGCCAGCAGCAGCAGCGGCCCCUGUGGAGCCAGGGGGCAGAGAAGCGAGAGAGCAGCCUGGUGGAGAGCAGCAACAGCGGCCUCUCCCAGCUGAAGUAUCGGAGCCAGGGACCUGAGCAGCUAGCUGGCUCCCCCAGGCAGCGCUCUGCAGAUCCUGCUCACUCCCAGAAUUUGACUGUUGCCCACCCUUCAUCCCGUGGUGAGCCUGGCUCCGGGCAGAAACCAUAUAGCUUCCUUUUCCGCUCCUCAUCACGAAACAGCGUCCAGCGGGGGGGCACUGGUGCCCUCUCUCCUGAUCUCUCCCCUUCCGAGCUCAACAACCACUUGAGGGCGCGCACUGGUUCGCAGGCCCUGGACGAGAGAGAGCUCACUAUUCAGCUGCGUAAGGCAAUUGAGUCCCAGCUGAACAUCACCCUGGCCGAAGACUUGGGUGAGGCACUGGCCAACGGGGUAGUCCUGUGCCAGCUGGUGAAUCACCUGCGCCCACGAUCUGUGCCCUUCAUCCACGUGCCCUCACCUGCUGUGCCCAAGCUGAAUGCUGUCAAAAGCCGGAAGAAUGUGGAGAGCUUCUUGGCUGCCUGUCGCCAGUUGGGGAUCUCAGAGGUCUCUCUUUGUUCCGCCUCCGAGGUCGCCCUCCUCCUGCAAGGCAGUGUCCGUGGCUUGCUCCUCCUCCUUGAGGCCCUGCUGCCGCCGUUGCUGCCGCCACCACCACAGCUCCAUCCCGGGGCAGAGAGGCCUCUUGCCCCCCCCGCAGCUCUCUCUGAGCCGCUUGCUGGCUUUGGCGUCUUCUAUGUCGUCGUCAUGCUGCUGCUGUACUUGGCCUAUCGCAACCUCUGCUGCUGUUGAGCGGGGGUGGGGAGGAGGAGAGGGGCUUCCUCAGCUGCGGCUGCCGCCUUGCGGGAUCAGGUCCCUUGGGUGGGGCCUGGCCCAGUGCUGGAGAUCCCCCUCCGUCCCCCCACAACCCCACAUGUUGGCUUGUCCUUCCUGCCUUGACUUCCAGGUCAGGCUUUUGCACAGACUCCACCCUAAAGGGGUACAGGGUGAGGUUAGCAAUGCAGUUGGGGGGGGAAUCUCUUUUUCUCGUGGGGCCCAUGAAGCCAGCACACUCUCAUUGCCAUCUCCCCACCACAGUUGCCCAAAGUGAGCCCUUCCUUCCUUCACCAGUCUGAAGGCAGCCUCCCCCCCCCCGUAGGGCAGGCACUUGUGCUGGCAGAGCCCUGACUUGGUGCCGUGCAGCUCCUGCCCACCUCGGCUUCCCCACCUCGGCUGUGCCUUGUUCCAUAGCAGAGGUCUCCCCCUCUCCAUUGUGCGUGCACAUAAACCGCCUUGCACUAAUCCACGAGUGCCUGCCAUGGGUAUCUGUGCACACGUGGUGGGUAUGUCAAGUGGCUGUGGCGAGGGGCACCAGUAUAGCCCUGCACACACCCUCCCACCUGGCAGCCUGAUGAAUCCCUUGCCCACUGCUUACAGCAAGAGCAGGGCCCUUCAACACUCCGGCGGCCUCACGCCUUUCGUUGCUGCUGCCACCACACACGCCUCUCCUGCGGGAUUCAGAACUGCCAAAUAAUUUGCCUUUGCCCUUCUGGCCAAGAGUUGUUGCCCCCUCCCCUGCUUUGGGAAAAUCUUCUUUGCAGACACUGCAGGCUUCUCCCAGCAACUUGAGGAACUCUGCCCCAAAGUGAGGUGCGAGGGGCUUCCCAGUUCCCUUCCACCUCCUAGAGGAGUGUCUGUUCUGGUCCUUUGGGGGGGGGGCUUCCAGGCAGGUGAAUCCAAGACAUUUCUAGGUUUGGGGACUAAAUACUUGCAGCCUUCCCAGGGACCCUCUGGUGAGUCAGUCACACUGCACUUGUCAUAAUAGCCGUGUAGUUCUUGGCUACCUGGGAAACAUUUUCUGAAUCUUUGCAACUUUCACUACUCUGAACUCCCCCUCCCCCCUUUUGGUGCCACGGGGUGUGUGUGUGGCUGCCUGGAUGCAGAGUUCCUCCCUUCAUGUACAUGUGCACUUUCCAGAGGUUCACUGAGACAGCUGCGGGGAGGGAGGAGGAUUCUGUAUGGGGAAACGACGUUACUUCCACAUGAAAGAAGUAUUUAGCUGUGCUUGGCUGGGAACACUGUCCCCUCCAUGAUACUUCUGGUAUGGUAGGUUCUUGGAAGUACGCGGAGGGCCUUAAAAAGCCAGUUUUAACAGAAAUGCCUUAAUUCAGGGCAAAAGUGACUUUCUUCCCCAUCCUGGGGGUCUUUAGUCUGGAUUCUGUUCUCAAAUUUUAGCCCCUUUCUAGUCUCACUCCCCAUUUGCUGCCUUAAAUAUAUUAAAUUAUACAUAUAUAUUUUAUAUGAAUAUAUAUAUAUAUAUUUGAAGAGAAUUAUGGAAUAUUGUAAAGAUUUUGUCUUUCUAAGCAUGUACAGAAUUGUAAAUAUUUUGUGUUCACUAUUUAUCAUCUUCUACCUCAGAGGGUAGAAAAUUCCUUCUAAAGGGCUCCAGUGAUUUCCCUCAUUCUUUUUGGCUGUACAUUCUCAUUUUGUGUGUUUCUGCUUUUGUUGUGCUCUUCUCUCCAGAGGUGGCUCCUACGUUUGAGGUUUUUUCCUUGUUUCACUUCUGUACAUUGUAAAAUAUCAAGAAAAAAAGAUUUUUCCCCAAAAGACA